AUGGAUAAUUGGAAUACUAUUUUAAAAAGAAAUAAAGAAUAUAUCAAAGCUAAGAAUAAAAUAAAGUCCCAAGUUGAAAAAAACAAAUCAGAACAACUUGGAUUAACAGAAAAUCUACAAACUCUAUUUCAACCAAUAUUAAAAUCUCAAGAGGAUAUUAAAAAGAAAUUAGCUUUAGAAUAUAGACCUCCUAUAGAACCUCAUAAAGAUCACACAGAACCAAAUCAAUAUGGUGUUGAAACAUAUAUAUAUAAAAAAGUUAUUGCUGGUGGAGCAGAUGUUGAAUUUGAAGAUAAUUAUGCAGAAGAUUAUCCAAUCAUACAAGAAAUAGACGAAUUCGAUGAUAUGGUGGCAUCUGGACAAGGUAUAACGUUUUUAUCCGACAACGAGGAACUACUUAAUAGAUUACGAGUAAUAUUAGCGGCAAUGAAGGAAGGACAUCGAUCACACAGACAAUAUAAUGAAGUAAAUUGCAUAUUAAAAAGACUUCUAGAGAAAGGUAUCAUAGAUAAAAACGAUUAUAAAAGCGUGAUUAAAAAAGUCAAAUAA